UCUCCUAAAUUUGCAUGCCAAUUCAUCUCAUUUUCUCCUCUUUAUAACCAAAAGAAACACAUUCACAAUGCCAAGCUCAACAGUCACUACCACUUCAAUGGCUGUGACUCAUGGCCAUUACACAAAAACCCAAUUUGUAGCGGCAAAAAUUGAAGAUGAUGAAGAAGAGAAAUUCUUAACACAAGAGUGUAAGGAAUUGCUUCUUUGUCUUCCAAGACAGAAGGGUUGGAGAACUCCAUAUCUUUAUGAAUUCCAGGGCUUUUGGUGCCAGCCGAAGGAGAUUCAAGCCAUUCUUUCUUUCCAAAACCACUUCAUAUCUCAAGAAUCCGAUGUCAUUUUAGCCACAAUACCAAAAUCAGGUACCACUUGGUUGAAAGGUUUGGUUUUUAGCAUCAUGAAUCGUAAACGUUUCGAUGUUAUCGAUUCAAAAGCUCACCCUUUACUCCACUCAAAUCCUCAUGAUCUCGUGCCUUUCUUCGAGUACAAGCUCUACUCAAACAACCAAAUCCCCGACCUCUCAAAGUUCCCCGACCCUCGACUUUUCGCCACCCAUAUCCCAUUCAAUUCGUUAAUGCUGCAAGAAUCGAUCAAAAACGCCAGCCCGAAGAUCGUUUAUUUGUGCCGAAACCCUCUUGAUACUUUCAUCUCUUCAUGGCAUUUUGUGAACAACUUGAGACCAAAAUCUCUGCCCCCAUUUCAAAUGGAGGAAGCUUUCAAAAUGUAUUGCGAUGGAAUUAUUGGGUUUGGUCCAUUUUGGAAGCAUAUGUUAGGGUAUUGGAAUGAGAGCUUGAAGCAUCCCAACGGGGUUUUGCUCUUGAGGUAUGAGGAAAUGAGAGAAGACACUGUUUCGAACUUGAAGGAAUUGGCAAAAUUUUUGGGGUGUCCUUUUUCGGUGGAGGAGGAAAAGGAGGGAGUGAUCAAAGAGAUAGCGAAGUUGUGUAGCUUUGAUAAAAUGAAGAAUCUGGAGGUGAACAAAUCGGGGAAAUCGAUCAAGAACUUUGAGAAUAAGCACUUGUUUAGAAAGGGUGAAGUUGGAGAUUGGGUGAAUUAUUUGUCUCCUUCGAUGGUGGAGCAACUUUCUCAAAUCAUGGAGGAGAAGUUGGAUGGCUCUGGUCUCACAUUCAAGCUCUUUUCUUAGGAAGUUUAAGGCUAAAAUUUAUCGUUCUCGGAGGGAAGAAUGGACAAGUAAAACAUCAUCGAUAUUAUCCAUAAAUAAAAUCGACCUAUUAUAUAUAUGAAUUUAAUUAUGAUUGAUUAGGUUGUUCUAAAAAAUACAUAUGUAACAAGAUUUUAUCAUUUAAAAG